AUGUUUAUUAUUUUUUAUUUCUUUAUAUCAAUUAAUGGUUUUUCAUUAUCAAAUUCAUUUAAUGAUGAUAUUAUAUGUAAAGAUUUAGAUCCUGACUGUUCGUCUAGAAAAAUAUUUUGUGAUCAUGAAGCAUAUAGAGCAGUAAUGAUAUUAAAAUGUGCCAAAACAUGUGAUGCAUGUGAUGAGGUUAAUAAAAUGAUAGAAGAGAUGGAAAUUGAAGAAGAAGAGAAUGAGAAUAAACAAUUACCAUGGACACAUGGUGGUGGAUCUACUGAAAAAGAGGUAGAUGAAAAUAAUAAUGAGGAGGUUGAUAAUGAAAAUACUGGUGAGGAGAAUGAAGAAUUGGUAAAAGAAAUUGAAGAGGUUGUAGAAAGUACUGAUGAACCACAUUCUACAAUGAUUGAUAAUAACAUUGAGGAAGAAAAAAUUGAUGAAGAAUUAAAAAAUGUUGAAGAAGAUGAAGAUGAAGUGUUACCAGAACAAUCAAUUGAAGAUAAUAAAGAAAUAGAACUGAUACCUGAAGAUGAGGAAACAUAUGAAGUUCCAGUUACAACUGUUAAAACAAAAACUUAUUCACAAUUUAAUAAAUAUAGACCAAUGCCAGAAAAAAUUUUGACAGGACAAAUAAAAUCUUCUACUACAACAAAAUCACCAAAAACUAAAUCAAAAACAGCAAAUGCUCUUAUAACACGUAUAGAAAAUGAAAAAAAAAGACGUUGUGUUGAUGAUGCAUCAGAUUGUGAACUUCGUAAAAAUCUUUGUAAUGAUUCUAAAUUUGGAUCAAUUGUUAAAAAAGUAUGUAAAAGAACUUGUGGUGUUUGUCAACCAGUUAUCAUUCCAACAAAUACUUAUGUACCAUUAGCAACAAAAUCUAGAAAUACUGUUAAAAGUAAUAAUUUUUAUUUAAAAUGGAAAGAAAGUAGAAAUACAACACCAAAACCAAUAAUUAUUACAAUGCAACAUAUGAAAAAUCAAACAAAGAAUAAUAAUAAAAAUACAUAUGGAAAAAAAACAAUUACAAAAAAAGUUACUUCACAAUCAAUACCAAGAAAUAAAAAUCCAUAUGUAAAUAUUCUUUCAUCUAAAUAUGGUACUCGUGGGCAAACUGAAACAACUGAUACAACAACAGUCGUAACUGAUAAAGCAAUUGAUUGUGUUUCUAAACAAGCAUUAUGUAAUCAUAAGGGAUACAAAAAUUUAAUGGAAAGAAUGUGUCCAAAGACGUGUGCCGUAACAUUUUCAUACUAUUCAUUCAAUCAGUAA